AUGUCCCAGCCGGUGUACGCGGCGUUAGAGUCUCCCCGCUUCGCGCGUCUCGUCCGCGAACCCCCGGUGCUCUCCCGCCUACCCCUGCGCGCCCUCGUUCCUUCCGCGCGCCUCUGGGCGCGCCCGCCCGCCAUUAGCGCCGGGGACACAAACUCGGCGAACACCGCGCGCGAUUCCUCUGGCGCCUACGGCGGAGAAAGAAAUGCCGCAGUCACGGAUUCGAGCGGCGGCGGCGGCGGCGGCGGCGGCGGCGGGAGCGAUAAGUGUCGCAUGGCGUGCCGGUUCUUGCUGCAGUGCGGGUUGGCGGGGUGCGCGGAUGCUCUCUACGUGCUCGGAAUGAUCAAGUUCUACUGCCACAGGGACUUCUGGGCGGGUGCAAGCCUGCUGGUGUGGGCGGCGGAGAAGGGACACGUGGCGGCCAUCUGUUCGCUGGCGAUCAUCCAUUCUCACGGCAGUGGCGGCGGCAGCAGCGACGGCAACCCCGCUGCAGCUACUGAUAUUCUGUGGCACGCUGCUAGGGCGGGCAGCAAACAGGCGCUACAGGAGCUGGGCCACUGCUAUUUGGACGGCCAUGGAGUGCCGCAGCGCACGCUGCUGGGCGCACGACUGCUGCUCGCCGCCAUGUGCCCCGCCCUCGCUCACUCCCCGCACUCCGCCCCCGCUGUGCAAUCCGCCGCGGUGGGGCUGCAGCUGCAGAGGAUUCGGGCAGAGGCGAGAGAAGCAUCCUGGCAGUCGCACAGGGGGCAGGAAAUGGCCGUGCAGUCUCACCAGCACCAGCAGCAGCAGCAGCCGGCAGAAUCGCCAGUAGCACCAUCCGCUGCAGUAGUUACCACUGGGGUGGUGCAAGAGCCGCCACAGGCACGCAGGUGGCUGCUGGAGGAAUGUGGAUCCCAGGUGAGAGCUGCAGGGCCGGGUGCUGCUACUACCCUCGCAGCAGCAACACCACCGAGUCACCUCCUCGCACACUCCCUUCACUCCGCACGGGCGGAUCCUGCGCAAGCGACGAGCUUCCUGAAUGUGCGAUCCAACAGGGCAUCUACUGUCUCGUUACAGCCUGUUUUGCCACAAGGGUCGAUGUCGCUUUCGGUGCAGCCACUGAGAGGGCAGCAGGGGCCAGUGAUCUCCAUAGUCCGCUGUGCUGCUGGGUGCCACACCGCCAUUUCCGUGCUCUCCCACUCCUCUCCCUCUUCCGGGUGUACGGCAACUCCUCACGCUCUCGCUCCCUGCUCCUCCUCCUCCACUACACCUACCGCUCACACGACAACCAGCCACAGCAGUUUUGCGGGUUCAACUCCUAGUCGCCCUGCCUCAGGCCCACGUGCCGAUCUGGCCUCGGAUCCAUCCAGCAGAUGGCAGGUGAGAGAUACUCCAUGGGCUGCUGGCUCUGAUGAUACCUACACCAUGGAUGGUGAUCUGGGCUGGCGCGCUUCUGCGUCUGCAGCUGCACCGGCUGUGCUGGGAGCGGCAGUGGAUUUAAACUUAGAAGCGGCAGCAGCUGCGGCGGCAGCAUUGGCAGCAGAGCAGCACGGCCUCACGUCGAAAAUCGCAGAGCUUUUCGCUCCUUCGGGGGAGAGUGGAGGCGGGGCAGAGUCGGGGCAAGGCCAGGCAGGAUUUGAAGAUUUGGUAGCUGCUGACGCAGGCACGAGUGGUUGUACUGGUGCUCAUGCUGCGGCCGGUGUUGGUGCUGCUGGUGCUGGUGGUGGUGCCUCAAAUGGACACAGCAUGGCGUCUUUUUUCAGGGAUUGGAAUGCUCUUCACGGGUUGCCUGACGGCUCCCCCAACCGCACUGUGCCCCUCUCCUCCCCCACUGCCCCGGACACUUCCGCGCCACUGCCCUGCACGUCUGCUCCUUCCGUCUUCACCGGAACUGCCGUCUCUGGUGCCGCCACAGGCGCGCGCCCGAGUUUGCGGUCGGUCGCGCAAGGGGGGUCAGGUAAAGCAGUCCCGGGGAUGACGGGGAGAGCAGGCGGAGCGAGGGAAAUGGCCGGGGUGGGGAAGAAGCAUCCGUAUUCAAGCGUCUGCUCAGGAUGCGCGGAGGGGGGAGGGCUGGGCGCACGCGGGCUGGGGGUGAAAUUCCAUGCCUGA